ACAUGAUAGUCUGGAGAAUGCGGAAAGGAGUGGCAGGCAGCAAAAGUGGCUGAAAGAAACAUGCUUUGGGAAGGAGCUUCGGGGCACACGGAAGAAAGAUGUCCUUUUCUCUGUGGGAAAUGAUGCUUGCAGACGGAAAGAGUUGUUAAAGGCUGGCUUGCUUGUGGUUCGAAGGCUACGUUGAAUGCACGGAUCUUGCUUCUCUGUAGAGGAAAGUUAAGUGCUCGUUUUCACACGUGGCGGAGUGUUCUGAAGAAGAGGCAGAGCGUGUUUCUGUCAGUCUCCUUAAGUGUAUCAGAACAUGGGGCAUCACGACCAUAUGUUUAAAGUCCUAAUUAUUGGGGAUGCCACAGUUGGGAAGACCUCGCUGGUUCAGCGGUAUGCAAACGAUAGUUUCAACAAGCAUUAUAAAUCCACUGUGGGAGUGGACUUUGCUCUGAAGGUGGUACAGUGGUCAGAGUCUGAGACCGUGAGGCUACAGCUAUGGGAUAUUGCAGGUCAAGAGCGCUUCACGUCCAUGACUCGGCUGUACUACAGAGAGGCAUCAGCCUGCAUUAUCAUGUUUGACGUCACCAGCAUUAACACCUUCACCAGCUGCCAGAAAUGGAAGCAGGAUUUGGACAGCAAGCUGAAGCUGCCAGAUGGAAACCCUGUCCCUUGCUUGCUACUGGCUAAUAAAUGUGACCUUUCUCCAUGGGGUGUGUCAAGAGAAGAAAUUGAUCGCUUCAGUAAAGAGAAUGCUUUUACCGGGUGGACUGAAACAUCUGUCAAGGAAAACAAAAAUGUAAAUGAAUCUAUGAGAGUUCUUAUUGAGAAGAUGAUGACUAUGUCAUUGAAUGAUGGAGACUCCUCUGUUCCUGGCCAUGGAGACUACAUUAACCUGAAGGAUGCAUCCACACCCAACUGGGGAUGCUGCUAAUUGCACAUUUAACAGCAACAGAUCAGAAGACAAUACUGUCUUUCAACACAUAUUGACUUGUUAAGAAUGGUAGUGAAUAAUCUUCCUCUUCCAGCAUUGCUGUAAGCAAAAGCAGGGAAGGGAGUCAUUCAACCCAGCAGGGUGACACACUUUUUUUAAUGCUGGGAGCCACAUGGUGUUGAUUUUUGCCAUUCCAUUGAUCGUUGAAGCUUGGAUUCACUCUGGAAUGAAGACUCUUCUACCCACUGCAGGUCAGGGGAAAUCCUCACCUUAGCUGAACAAAGAUGCUUGUCUAGGAAAAGUGGCAAUAGAGCCUUAGCUAGGAAAGGGAAACUAAAGCAACCUAGUUGUGUCUAUCUCAUAUGUAUGGUCUGUCUGGCUUUGCUCUCCCUUUGGAACAGAUUGUCUCAUUUAUAGAAACAUACUUUGGACUGUGAUUAUCCUUCUGACACAGCUGUAGAAUGGUCUUCUUACAGCAGCUCUUGUGGCACAUUGUUUGUCUUGAGAAGCUCAUUGCUGCUUUUGUGUAAUUUGGCCAACAGCAGCAUUUAAGUAGAAGAAAAAUUACAGUGAACUCAGUGGCCUUUUUUGUCCCUGUUUUUAUGUGGGACAGAAUUGUUAAAGUCCUUUAGUGACCUGAUGUCAUUUUAUUAGAGCAGCUAGCAAUGAAUUGAGGCUGAAGCUGUAAAUGGUUCCGCAUUGAUGCCUUAUUAGUGUACCAGCAGUAUUCUUUGUUUUUAUUGUCCUUUCCCUUCCAGGAUCUCACUUGCCUUUUCAGAUUCUGAUGAAUUACUUCCCCCUAGCCAUCCUACUUUGGGGGGGUAUAGACAGCUACAGCUUUCUGAAAGCCCACCUACCGUUCUUGGGUUUUGUGAUCUGAGGAGACAAAAGCAACAGAACAAGAAAGAGUUAAAUCUUCACUGUGCCUUUUUGGCACCUGAUAAUUCCCUCACCUUUUAAAAUAAUUAUAGGUGAUAUUUAUUGUAUAAAAUUAUAACUUUAAAGCUUUUUUAUUGGCCAAUUUGAUCAUUUAGGAAGGUUGAGGUUUAAAAAAAAAGUUAAAAUACAUUGAAAUAUGUGUGAGUGAAUGUUUAGUCUUGCCACCUGGUACUUUUUGGUUUUUAAAGGUUGUUAGAGCUGUCAGUAGGUUGCUGGGCAGGAUCUGCAAAAUGUUGUAAAAGUGCUAAGUGAAACAGUGUUCCAGAGCUUUGUUGUUGUUCAAUGCAUUCCAAUGUGUGCUUAUCAGGAGCACAGCAGAACUAGCCUCAGCCGGGUAUAAUAUGUAUUGCAAGGAUUUUGGAUUUUUUUAUAAUUUUCUACGGGUUAUAUGAAGGAAGGUGGUAGAAUAUGAAUGUCUUGAAAGUGUCACUUGGUCAAACAAUGCAGUUUUGAAUGACUGCUAGCAUACCUUUUACCUGGUUUAUUCCAUUAAUUCUUUUCUGCUAUACUAGCUAUGAAAGGCAGUAGAUUAAGCAUAAUUUAAUAUAAAGGAAAAGUUACAGUGUGGGAAAACAAAGCAUGUUUUUUGCAUAAAUAGGAGUGACAGUUGAAUGAAUAAAUUAUUCUGGCAAGUAACUGGUACAGAUAUCCUGUGAAGAACUUACCCAAUUUUGGUUCAGACAGCAUUUCUGACAUCACUGAUCCAUAUUGGAGGAACAAGAAUGAUUGACCAUAUUGCAUAAUCUGGUUGUGCUCACAGUCUAAGCUGUAUUUUUAAUUGCCUAUAUUAAUACAUUUGGGGAAAACUAUCUAAAAAGAUGCUUGAUUUGAUAUUAUAGUACUUGGGGUUGUUCAAGUCACCACAACAUAGAUUUUCUAGAGCUGGUACCUGAGAAUGUGUUCACAAAACGUAGCACUUGAUAAUAUGUGUUUUACAUCAGAUCCUCUUUUGUGUCUGUUGGAUUUCUAAUGAAUGAGCUUCAAACAAAAACAGCCACUACCAGCUCAAAUCAGUAUCAUGUGAAGCCUGCUGUCUUGGCUUGCACAGACUGAAUAGACUAGGAGAAUAGCUGGUUCCAAGUAGUUUUUUUUUUUUUUAAGGGUCUCUUGGAAUGAAACACAAGCCCAAAACCUCAGAAUUUUCUGUCUUGGAAAGAAUACUUUUUAAAACAAAUGGUGGCUCAUUGUCUAAAUCUAGUAUCAGUCAAUGCUGUUUUACAAAACAGUUUCUGCUACUGCACUUUUCAUAUUUUGAGGGUUCUUAAAUACACGUUUCUUAAAAAUGCAUGUGCACACACACAGCUGUUUACAAGUUAUGCCACACUGCCUCUGAUAUAAAACUUUUAUUCUAUUUUCCUGUGUUUUAUAAGUAAAUUGCAAAUGAUUACAGAAAUGGAAUCAAGGUGCAGCUGCUGUUUUCUUUUCUAUUAGGAAGAUCUGCAUUUCUUCUUGGAGAUUGUUUUAAACUUUCCAUUCGUUUGCAAGAAAAGGGUGCCUGGUGUCCAAUAAAGUAGGGUUUUUAAAGAUACUAUUCUGAGCUCAUACAUUUAUUGUGCUUUAUAUAUGUUUAAAUGAACAACACAUUUAUAUGCUCAAAACAGUUUCUUUUGGAAUUUGCACUUUUUCCUGCUGUCAGAUUCCUUGUAAGCCAGACAUGGCAGGGUUUUCGUUAUGCCUACAUGGUAUCCUCCUGCCCACGUAGUCUAAAUAGGAAAUGCAAUAGGUCUAAAAAGGAAAUGCAAUAGACACCCCCCCCCAUUUUAUAGUAUAGGAUUUCCACAAUGACAUCUUUCAUUCUUUCAGCACAAUACCCUUGCAUCUCUGCAGCAACACUCAGUUGGAUCACAUUAAGUGAAAUGUAGCCAAUAAAAUUUUAGAGGUCUUAUGUAGCCAAUAAAAUUUUAGAGGUCUUGGAUGUGGCUAAUAUCCAAUUGAUAAAAUGGUCUUUAAUACACAGCUCUUCAGUUAGAUAUAUUUUCUCUUGUGUAGUAAUGACACUUAAACAACUAGAACCUUUACUGCAUGUGUCUUAUUGAUUGAAAAUUUCCCCUAAGCAACUAGUGGUAUUUCAGCUCAGUAAUUCUCAUAUUAAUAGUAUUUUUGAAUGUGAAAGUAUUUGUUUUAAUGUCUCUGACAACAGAGCUUUUAGUUGUAUCAAUCAACAACCAAUACAGUAUUGAAAAAACUGAAUUAAAUCUUAAAUAAAAUGUAUGACAUUG